GUCGUGCAGCGCCUCCAACAACAAACACAGUAACCAUGCAAGAGAACGGCCCGGUGGCCCUCGCUACCCACUCUCUGUUUAUCUACAGCCAAACACACACAGCACACGACCAGUUCAACUCUACCGAGUCUCCUCAGUCACUAUGGCAGACCAGGAAAAUCGGGAUGAGGCCCAACUUGAGGCGAGUCAGGCCGAUCAGACAGAAGAAACAGCCGGGGACCCUGGAACAGCCGACACUCAGCAACCAUCUGAGGAAGGUGGUCAGACUGAUUCAGCAGAAGCAACAGAGAAAAAGGCUGACGAACAGGAUCCUGGUAAUGAUGCUAACAACGAAGAAACUGCUGAAGCAGAAGGAAAACCUGAGCAGGAGCCUGAGCAGGAACCCGCUGAAGAAGUGACACCUGAGCAGGAACCCGCUGAAGAAGUGACACCUGAGCAGGAACCCGCUGAAGAAGUGACACCCGAACAGGAACCCGCUGAAGAAGUGACACCUGAGCAGGAAUCCGCUGAAGAAGUGACACCCGAACAGGAACCCGCUGAAGAAGUGACACCCGAACAGGAACCCGCUGAAGAAGUGACACCUGAGCAAGAACCCGCUGAAGAAGUGACACCCGAGCAAGAACCCGCUGAAGAAGUGACACCCGAGCAAGAACCCGCUGAAGACGGACAGAUAGUUGAAAAUGGAACUGUCUCUGACUUGAAUCUCUCUGAGGACCAGUUAGAAACUUUCCGCUACAUGUUUAAAAUCCACUCAGAAGACGACCGAAUUAACUUCGAGCAGUUCAAACGUCUCCUGCGGUGCGCCGGGCACAACCCAACAUCUGCUGAUGCGCAGUCUAUCUACGACGAGGCUGACAAAGACGGUAACGGCACGAUUAACUUUGAAGAGUUUUGUCGCCUGCACGCGGCCCACACGGUGCCUCUGGAGGACCAGGAGACAGAGAUCGUGAACUGCAUCAACAAGGUAUUUCCGGGGAACCAGGAGGAAAUCCCGCUGCGAAAAGUGGAGCAGAUCAUGGAGAAGGUGGGUCUGCAACGUGACGAGAGCUGCCUCACCAGGGACGACCUCCACAGACUGGUCAGCGACAUGGACAGGAACGGCAACGGGAUGGUCGACAGACUAGAAUUCGCAAAGAUGUUGAUUUCACGCGACAGUUCAUAGGGAGCCCCGUGACGUUCCAUCUGAAGCAUUAUGUAAUCCCCAUCUUCACAUUCGCCACAGGACAACCUCAAUUUCUAUAACAGUACUCAGAAUACUGGAGAGUCCUCAGCCUGAACAAACGUCGCUAUCCAGGGGAGGCCUUCCGCUGCCUGAACAUCCACCACAGCCUGAACACCCACCACAGCCUGAACACCCACCACAGCCUGAACACCCACCACAGCCUGAACACCCACCACAGCCUGAACACCCACCACAGCCUGAACACCCACCACAGCCUAAACACCCACCACAGCCUGAACACCCACCACAGCCUGAACACCCACCACAGCCUAAACACCCACCACAGCCUAAACACCCACCACAGCCUGAACACCCACCACAGCCUGAACACCCACCUCGGCCUGAACACCCACCACAGCCUGAACACCCACCACAGCCUGAACACCCACCACAGCCUGAACACCCACCACAGCCUGAACACCCACCACAGCCUGAACACCCACCACAGCCUGAACACCCACCACAGCCUGAACACCCAUCACAGCCUGAACACCCACCACAGCCUAAUAUGUGAUAAUUGUACAAUACAGAUAUUUCCCUUGUCAAAACUGCAAACUCUGUUCAAGUAUACUCAAAUGUGAGUACCAGUACAUUUCCCAGCUGAACCCUGGCGACCAACUGUUAUGAACAACGAAGCUGAUGUGACUGUUCAAUACUUGCACUAUGUGCUGUUGAAUUUGUGCAGGAUUUUCUUUUGCCCAUUAUAGUGUAAUCUGUGAUAUUUCUACGCAAUGUAGUGCUAAGCUCAAGUUUAUUUGAAUGUUCCUCUACAGAAAUAAUGUGUUCUUUCAAAUGCUCAUUGUUGCCGAUAUGGCGGGUAACUGGGCGGGGUAACGGGGCGCCGUAGGCAUGUGUAUACAUAACACGAACUAUUGAAAUUUAAACAUUUUUUUAUGUCCUACUUUAGGGGCGGUGGGGUAGCCUAGUGGUUUAAGCGUUCGCUCAUCACGCCGAAAACCUGGGUUCGAUUCCCCACAUGGGUAUUAUGUGUGAAGCCCAUUUCUGGUGUUUCCCGCCGUGAUGUUGCUUGAAUAUUGCUAAAAGCGGCGUAAAAUCAAACUCACUCACAUCAACAGGCGUCAGUAGGGUUUGAUCUUUAAGUACCACACAGCCUCCUUCAUUAUAGGCACAGUCCGUACUAUUCCCCACAGUUCCCCACCAGAAUCCUUACCCCCACCCCCUACCCCCCAACACCACCUUUGCCCCUUACAGUUUCACCACGGAGGGCCUGUUUCAUCGCAUUGAUCAUGUUUGAAACAAACACUUCUUUUUGGCACUUUUAAGGAAUAGGAUUUCGAACGCUAUGAGAUCCAAUAGUAGACAUACGUAUUUGUUUGUCAGACAGAGUUAUGUUAUAGUACACACGCUGACAGAACUGUUGUCAUGUCACACUGAAAGAACUGAUCACUAUUGAUCAGUGCUGCUUUUAACGACAAUGAUCAUAUGUCAGGUAGGUGUAUAUCAUCCCGGCAAUAUGCAAAGUCCAAGUAGCCAUAAGCUUUUGUUGAAGUAUAAAUAUGUACUCAUAUAUAACAUAUAUAUUUAUUGUAUAUAGAUAUAUUUGUAUUUGGGAUCACAUUGACUGACAUGUUUAGUGUGAAAUAUUCUUAUCGCAAUACUAUUUUCAUCCCGUUUAUCUGUUUUGUUUGAACAUCAUUUUACGUAAGAUUAAUUAUAACUUCAAUAAAAACAAUUAUCGCAAAAGUGAAAAA